AGAGGUGUCCAGCAAAAAGUCUUCGAGGUUCUAGAGCUCCUGGCCUAACGUCAUAUUGUCCAAACGCUCUCAGCGUCACCUGAAGACCCUGUCUGGACCUGCGGAGGCAUGGGUCAGCAGUGGCCUGCGGCAGGGGCAGGGGCUCUGGGUGCAGCAGGCCUGGGUGCGGCAUAAGCCCUCUUGGAGGAGGUUGGAGGUUAACCCCAUCAUAGAGUCGCAGAGCAGAUGACCCACAAACUGCAGAACAGUUACACCAAAUAAAUUCUCACGCUGUUAAGACAGUUCUAGCACCUAAAACAGAUCUCCCAACCUGGGGAUCUGGCAAAGGGACUGAGAACCCCCAGGGGAAUUUGACUUUGGAGGGCAGUGGGAUUUGGUUACAGAAUUUACACAGGAAUGGGGAAAUAGACUCUUGGAGGGCACAAACAAAAUGUUCUUUACACCAGGACCCAGGAGGAAGGAACAGUGACCCCACAAGAGACUGACUCAGACUUUCCUGUGAGUGUCCAUGAGUCUCCCGCAGAGGCAGGCGCGGGUCAGCGGUGGCCUGCUGCAGGGUCAGGGGCACUGGCUGCAGCUGUGUGCACAUGAGACCUUUUGAAGGGGGUUGCCAUUAUCUUCGUCAGGGCUUCCCUCCUAACUAAGUUGGUAAAGAAUCUGCCUGCAAUGCAGGAGACCCGGGUUCAAUCCCUGGGUCAGGAAGAGCCCCUGGAAAAGGAAAUGGCAAUCCACCCCAGUAUUCUUGCCUGGAGAAUCCCGUGGAUAGAGGAGCUUUGCGGGCUACAGUCCAUGGGGUCACAAGAGUCAGACAAGACUUAGCAACUAAACCACCACCAUCACCACCAUUAUCUUCAUUACUUCUGCCAUAGUUUGGUCUCAGUCGAACAACAGGGAGGGAACACAGCCCCGCCCAUCAACAGAAAAUUGAAGAUUUACUGAGCAUGGCUCUGCCAAAUAGAACAAGACCCAGUUUCCCCCACAGUCAAUCUCUCCCAUCAGAAGCUUCCAUAAGCCUCUUAUCCUUAUCCCUCAGAGGACAGAUAAAAUGAAAACCACAAUCACAGAAAACUAAUCAAACCAAUCACAUGGACCACAGCCUUGUUUAACUCAAUGAAACUAUAAGCCAUGCGUUAUAGGGCCACCCAAGAUGGACGGGUCAUGGUGGUGAGUUUGACAAAAUGUGGUCCACUGGAGAAGGCAUUGGCAAACCGCUUCAUUAUUCUUGCCUUGAGAGCCCCAUGAACAGUAUGAAAAAGCAAAAAGAUAGGACACUGAAAGAUGAACUCCCAGGUUGGUAGAUGCCCAAUAUGCUACUGGAGAAGAGUGGAGAAAUAAUUCCAGAAAGAAUGAAGAGAUGGCGCCAAAGUGAAAACAACACCCAGUUGUGGAUGUGACUGGUGAUGGAAGUAAAGUCAGAUGCUGUAAGAACAAUCUUGCAUAGGAAUCUGGAAUGUUAGGUCCAUGAAUGAAGGCAGAUUGGAAGUGGUCAAACAGGAGAUGGCAAGAGUGAACAUCGACAUUCUAAGAAUCAGAGAAAAAGAAAUGCAAAAAGCAAAGUGGUUGAGGAGUCUUUACAAAUAGCUGAGAAAAUCAGAGCUAAAUGCAAAGAAGAAAGGAAAAGAUAUACCCAUGUGAAUGCAGAGUUCCAAAGAAGAAAGGAGAGAUAAAGUCUUCCUCAGUGAUCAAUGCAAAGAAAUAGAGGAAAACAACAGAAUGGGAAAGACUAGAGAUCUCUUCAAGAAAAUUAGAGAUACCAAGGGAACAUUUCAUGCAAAGAUGGGCACAAUAAAAGACAGAAAUGGUAUGGACCUAACAGAAGCAGAAGAUAUUAAAAAGAGGCGGCAAGAAUACACAGAAGAACUAUACAAAAAAUAUUUUCAUGACCCAGAUAACCACAAUGGUGUGAUCACUUACCUAGAGCCAGACAUCCUGGAAUGUGAAGUCAAGCGGGCUUUAGGAAGCAUUACUACAAGCAAAGCUAGUGGAGGUGAUAGAAUUCCAGUUGAGCUAUUUCAAAUCCUAAAAGAUGUUGCUGUGAAAGUGCUGCACUGAAUAUGUCAGCAAAUUUGGAAAACUCAGCAGUGGCCACAGGACUGGGAAAGGUCUGUUUUCAUUCCAAUCUCAAAGAAAGGCAAUGCCAAAGAAUGUUCAAACUACUGCACAAUUGCACUCAUGUCACACACUAGCAAAGUAAUGCUCAAAAUUCUUCAAGCCAGGCUUCGACAGUAUGUGAACCAUGAACUUCCAGAUGUUCAAACUGGAUUUACAGAAGGCAGAGGAGGCAAAGAUCAAAUUGCCAACAUCCAUUGGAUCAUUGAAAAAGCAAGAGAGUUCCAGAAAAACAUCUAUUUCUGCUUUAUUGACUACACCAAAGCCUUUGACUGUGUGGGUCACAACAAACUGAAAAAUUUGUUCAAGAGAUGGGAAUACCAGACCACCUCACCUGCCUUCUGAGAAAUCUGUAUUCAGGUCAAGAAGCAACAGUUAGAACCAGACAUGGAACAGACUGGUUCCAGAUUGGGAAAGGAGUACAUCAAGGCUGUAUAUUGUCACCCUGCUUAUUUAUCUUAUAUGCAGAGUACAUCACGUGAAAUGCUGGGCUGGAUGAAGCACAAGCUGGAAUCAAGACACCAAUAACCUCAGAUACGCAGAUGACACCACCCUUAUGGCAGAAAGGUAAGAGGAACUGAAGAGCCUCUUGAUGAAAGUGAAAGAGGAGAGUGAAAAAGUUGGCUUAAAACUCAACAUUUAGAAAACUAAGAUCAUGGCAUCCGGUCCCAUCAUUUCAUGGCAAAUAGAUGGGGAAACAAUGGAAACAGUGACAGACUUUAUUUUUUUGGGGGGGGAGGGCCUCCAAAAUCACUGCAGAUGGUGACUGCAGCCAUGAAAGUAAAAGACACUUGCUCCUUGGAAAAAAAGCUAUGACUAACCCAGACAGCAUAUUAAAAAACAGAGACGUUAUUUUGCCAACAAAGGUCCAUCUAGAUUAGGCUGUUGCUGGUCGCCUCGGUAAGGCGCGCUUUCCCUCCUCUCCGAGAGGCUGGCCCAGUCCUCCUCCUCGACCAGAAUGGACUUUAGGGAAAUUCUCCUGAUAGCUUCCAAAGCACAGGGUGUCAACAACGUGCCGAAAAGAUACAGUUUGGCAGUGGGACCUCCCAAAAAAGACCCAAAAGUUAAGGGUGUCCAGUCAGCAGCUGUCCAGGCUUUUCUCAGAAGGAAAGAAGAGGAGCUCAGACGAAAAGCCUUAGAAGAGAAGAGGAGAAAAGAAGAACUAGUCAAAAAGCAAAUUGAGCUGAAACAUGACAAGAAGGCAAGAGCUAUGGCCAAGAGGACAAAGGAUAAUUUCCACGGUUACAAUGGGAUUCCUGUUGAGGAAAAGUCAAAGAAGAGGCAGGCAAUGCAAAGUCACGCUCGCCAAGGAGCAGACCAAGAGUACGAGGUGGAAGAAGAGGAUGAAUUCUUAGAAUACAAUCAAGCAGAGUCAGAGCAGGAGUACGAGGAAGAGCAAGAACCUCCCAAAGUUGAAAGCAAACCAAAGGUCCCCCUUAAGAGUGCCCCACCAGUCAUGAACUUCAGUGAUCUACUCAGGCUGGCUGAGAAAAAGCAGUACGAGCCGGUGGAGAUAAAGGUAGUGAAGAAGACAGAAGAGCGGCCCUUGACUGCAGAAGAACUUAGGGAGCGGGAAUUCCUUGAACGAAAGCGGAGGAAAAAGACACCUGAGACAGAUGCAAGACCACCGCCAACCAGAAGAGUACCCUCUCAGAAAGAAAGUGUGGGCACAAAGCUUAGCAGAGGCUCUGGAGACAUGCAUCCUGCUUCCAAGGGUACUGUCCUUCCUCAUCCUGAGAAGAGACCCAGACCCAGCACAGCUGAUGAAAAGCGCUUGCAUUUGUCUUUGUCCAAAUCCGUGCCGGGGGAGAGGACCAAAGUAGCCCCUGGCAGUUGCUCCCAACCCUCGCUUCAUGAGGGCCGUGAUAGACCUGUUUUCAAUGGGGCUGGAAAGCCCCACCCCAGCACCUAUUCACCAAGUGUCCCAAAGACUUCUGCUAAAGGGCCUCAGAAAUCUGCUCCCGAGCACAAAGCCAAAAAAUCUCCUCCCCAUCCUAGCCAUUCCAGGCCUGGGCCCAUGGCCACCCCACACAAUAAGGCCAAGAGUCUGGGUGUCCGGCCACCAGGCAGCAGCUCCAGCCCAGCCCCUGGGCGGCCUAGCACAGGGACUGCCCGGCCCACGGUUAGUCCUGGCCCCGUGCCCAAGCGCCAGAAUGGCAGCUCCAACUCAGGACCCGGGCGAUCAGUCAGUGGGAACAGGAAGCCAGCCAGUGACUUCAGUCCCCCAGGACGGACAGUCAGUGGUACAAGUGGCCUUGGUCGACCUGCAAGCAGCUCAGGUGGCCCUGGGCGACCUGUCAGUGGCUCCGGUGGUUCUGGGCGACCCAUGGGCAGCUCUGGGGGCCCUGGGCGGCCUGUAAGCAGUCCACAUGAACUUCGACGACUAGUGAGUGGCUCAGGCCCCCCUGGGCGAUUGGUCAGUGGCCCUGGCCGGUCGAUCAGUGGCCCAGCUCCAGCUGGACGACCUGUCAGCAGUUCAGGCCCUGGUAGACCAGUGAGCAGCUUGGGACCUGGGCGAACUGUUAAUACCUCAGGUCCCCCUCUGAAGCCCAAAUGCACUGUUGUCUCAGAAACAAUUUCUUCCAAGAAUAUAAUCAGCCGGCCCAGCAAUGGACAGAUGAAUGGAAUGAAGCCAUCCUUAUCUGGCUACAGAUCUGCCCAUGGUCCUCAAAGGCUUCCCUUUCCUAGUGGUUACAAAAGGCAGCGAGAAUAUGAAGAGGAGGAAGAUGAUGAUGAAGAAUAUGACUCUGAAAUGGAAGACUUUAUUGAAGAUGAAGGAGAACCUCAGGAAGAAAUAUCCAAGCACAUUCGAGAAAUCUUUGGCUAUGACCGAAAGAAAUACAAAGAUGAAAGCGAUUAUGCCUUACGUUACAUGGAGAGUAGUUGGAAGGAGCAGCAGAAAGAAGAAGCGAAGAGUUUAAGAUUAGGUAUGCAAGAAGAUUUAGAGGAAAUGAGACGUGAAGAAGAAGAAAUGAGACGUCGAAAGGCCAAGAAGCUGAAGAAGCGUUAGCUGCUGCUUUUAUUUUUGUGAACUUCUGAAGACUGCUGCAAAGAAGUCCUGCCUUCAGACUGAAGAAGCCCCUUAUCAUUUUAGAAUUCUAGUUGGGUACUCAAGGAGAAGGAAUGCAUACUAUCAUCUAUCUUCAGGCUGUCGUUAGAGCAUAAAGUAUUUUCACAUACUUUGCAGGGUGAAAUCGUAAUGCAGAUGACAUAACGCCCAGUGAGUGCUCUUACGAAGCUAACUAUUCACAGGAGCCAGCCUUGAUCCUCAUGAGCUAUGCACUCUUAUGUGGGGCCACUCAACAAUUCAGCCAAUCUUGUAUUCCUUUGCUACUCUAAAAAGGAAAAGAAAGGAUUGCUCCUUUACUUCCAUAAUUCUGCUGAUGCGUGAGUAUGGCGCUGCCUGGCUCCCAAUUAAAUUUGUCUUUUGAUGAGGAACCUGGCCCUUCCAGGAAUGCUGCCAGCAAUAAAGUGACCAGUCCUAAUCUCUGUGUUUGGAUUGAGAACUUGAAAAUGUAGAGUAGGUGUUAUAAUUAUAUGGAUGUCAUUUCUGUGACUUUGAAGUAAAAAGUAGAAUAAAUUGUAUUCUGCAUUAUUCAUGGAUUGGAUGCUGAGCAUUCUUAUUCACUAAUUUAGGUGAUUAGGCAAUUAACAGAAUUUUCCAAGUUAAAAGACAAGUUAUGCCAUUUUUGUUUAAGAAUAUUCUCUUCCAGAUUUUACUUUCAGAUUUACUUUUUUGUUGGUGUAAAACAGACAAGGUCACUGUGCUGUUUGACUUUUAUCUAAAAGUUUCAUUUUUAUAUUGAAGAAAAAACACUUAUUUUAUUCAAACAUUAGAUUUGGAAGAGUAAUAGUUUCAAACGUAAGGAAGUGACAUGUGAGGCUCCCCUCCGCCUCAUUCCACUCCCCACUGUAAGGAUAUUUUGAAAUUCAAGGUGCCCUUUACCUUUUUGUGUCAAUGACUAUAUUUUUAUCUUAAAUUCUUUAGCAAUUAAUGGUAAAAAACCAAAAACUAAAUUCAUGUGUAUCAAGGCCACCACUUUCUCUUUUUGCCCAUAUUGCACUUUUAUUUCAAACUAUGCACUGUGAAGAGAUUUUUUCCCAGGUAGGAGAGGAUGUUCCCUGUUACCGUGCUUACUAGGCUGUGGAACGUCUUCAUUCUUACCUUUCUUCAAGUCGUAUCUAUAGACUUGUUAUAUCUCUUAAGCCUCAAGUCCAAGCAAUUACAAUCAGGCUGACCUAGGUUCCGGCUGGAGAGAAGCCAAGUCUCAAGGAAGGUCAGCAAUAGAAAAUGAGGUGUGAUGAUGCCGGAGAGCAUGUGUCCCUGACUCUGAGUGGAGGACUGGGGACAAUGAGACAUAAGCUUGUAGAAAAUUCUACAAUAAACCUUGUGGCUGUCCUAAGCCAUCCGUCAGUGGGGAUCAGGAAGUAGGAGACGUUAUCCUACAAGAAGAUUUACUCUUCAAAAGAUCUGAAAGUCGUUUUUGUGUAUUUUUUUUUAUCUAUAGAGCUUGCUUUUUCUCUACAAUGGAGUGUUCUAGAUAACCACUAUUAAUGAUCACAUAUAACUGUUAAAACACUGGUGGCAGAAUAGCCUAUAGACUGCCUCUCACCUAUCUUAAAGACUUUUACUGAUUCCAGAGUAGUGUGAUAUCCCAUGUAAUAAAACAGGUUUGGAACAUUAUUUCCUUUGCUGUCCCUUAUGUGAUUUUUUUUCCCCUUCACAAGUUUGCUUGAAUAUAUAUAUACAUAUAUUUUAAUAUUCAGACUGAACUAUGUAAUUACAAUCAAGUGCUUGUCAUAGCUGAAAGAUUUCUGGUGGCUUAAAGCUUACUAGCACUUUACUCAAUGACAUUGUGCAGUUACUUGUACAGAAGGGCACCAUUGUGCUAGCUAAAAUUACAGAACUUGGUAGGAAAAGUCCUUACGUGUAAUCACUCUGGUUGCAUUCUGCUAUGAUACAGAUGUUGAUUUCAGUUUUCUUCAGCAUCAACAUUAUAAAAGAGCACUUCUGUAUGUAGCUCAUGAAGAAAAAAAAAAAGGUCCUGAAUCUUUUAAUCUUAGCCUUGUUCCAAAUCCUGUCUUCCACUUUGUUCUGCAACUCCUGACCACUCUUAAACAGCUCACAAAUCUUUAAAGGAACUGGAAUAGGCUGUUAUUUUAUCAAGGUUUACAAAUUAAGUGCUUGAUUUUUAAUGUAUCCUCUGUUUUGAUUUUCAGAUUUUAUUAAUAUUUGAAGAUGUGCCUUUUAUUGGGUAAUGUUAAGUCAUGAAUGUAGUAAUGUUAUUUCACUAUUGUAAUAAUGUUACAUGAUCAUGGAUGCAGCAUUCUCAAACACGAUGUGAAGGGAAAGUAGUUUUCAUAAAACUCAAUAGAGCUCUGAUUGCACAGUCCCACUUGCUUUAGAUGUUGCUAUAUUAAAGCAGGGGGCACUUUUUCUUUAAAAGCUACUUUCAGAACUUGUCUUUGUAUUUUCUCUAAACUACAAAUGCAGUUAUGUCCAUUUGGAGGCCAGGGUACCACAUGUCACAGGCAGCCUUACAUGUGUGCCAUGAGAAGGUUCAAAGACUGUUAUCAAGAAAGUCUAUGGGAACUCCAAAUUUCAUUUUUUUAAUGUAAUCCCCAAGAUCUUCUCCAAGAAAUAAAUUACUGUUUUGUAUUUUAUAAUUUAAAAGCAGCUAUUAGUACAUUUCUGAGGUAUAACAGGAGACCAAAACAUGUUUGGAAAGAGAAUAAAUAUAUAGAGAGAGACUGGUUGUUUUAUUUUCAAUGUGCUGAAUAUAUUAGACUACUAUUUAUUUUGUGAGUGGAUGUGAUGACAUAAAUAUUCAGGUGUUAGUGUAUGAUUAAGAGUGGGAUAUAGAUUUCUUUGAAGUUAUUAAAUCCAUGUCUUUUACAUAAUGGACAAAUCAAGUUUAAAGAAACGUUUACCCAGCAUAGCUUGUUUUCUGGUGCUGUUGACCUGCAAGAGAAUCUACUUUUGCAUUUACAGAUAAAAGUUUUGCAAUUAUGUAUAAAAGAAAUUGUAGGCAUUAAAAAUAUUUUAUUGAUAAAAAAAAAAAAAAAAAAAACAAA